CGCAGCUAGCGCAUGCGCCUUGCCUCCCCCUCCCCGCGUCUGCUUUUCAACGCCCUUCGUCUUGCCCGCGCCCGCCCCCGCUCUCUGCCCGGUGCGAGGAAGAGGGGGGUGGGGCUCGGCUGCGCCGCGCCUGCGCGGCAGGGGCGGGCUACGCAGUCUGCGCAGCUGCCGCCGCCGCGUGGAGCCGCAGAUGGAGCCUCCCCCUGGCACCGCAGAAAGUUCUAAGCUGAGACACGUAGAAAAAGAUAUUUUGAUUCCACAAAUAAUGAGGGAUCGAGCCAAGGAGCUGUGUUCAGAUAAAGUGCAAGCAUUUACUAAAUGCUGUCAAGAAACUGGUCUUCUUAUGGUGGUGAAGUGUCGGCAAGAGAACACAGCACUGAAAGACUGUCUGGUUGGCUACUAUUCUGAUCCAUUGUUCUAUGAAGAAUGCAAAACAGAAUAUUUGAAGCAAAGAGAAGAAUACAGAGCAACUGGAAUUAAGAAGAAAAGACAGAAGCUUACUUCAAAUGUGUAGUUACAACUUAAAGUGAACUUUUCAAAUUUUAUAUCCAACUUUGAUUUGACUUGAUUUAAACAGACUUAAAUCAUCUGUACCCCUCUGUGUGGACUAUAACUGAAAUACACAAAAUGAUAUGAAUGGAGAAUAAAAUAAUCUCUGAACUUAAA